AUGAGCUUUCGAGGCCGGGCCCAGCUGGGCGAGACGCAUCCCGAUACCCUGGCAUCCAAGAACAACUUGGCUUCGGUGCUGGAGGCCCAGGGCCGUUCUGAGGAGGCCGAAGCACUGCAGCGCAAGGAGCUGGAGAGUUGCCGAGCGAGAUUGGGCGAGACGCACCCGGAGACCCUCACGUCGAUGAGUAACUUGGCGAUGCUGCUGGAGGACCAGGGACGCAAUGAGGAGGCUGAAGCACUCGCCCGCCAAGCGCUGGAGGGUCGCCGGGCGAAGCUGGGAGAAACACACCCAGACACGCUGGCAUCGAUGCAGAGUCUGUCUUCGAUUCUGCAGGAGAAGGGAAGCUACGAGGAGGCCGAGCAACUACUCCGCCAGACGGUGAAGGCCCGCCGGUCGAAGUUGGGCGAGACUCAUGAAGACACUCUGAUGUCGAUGCACAGCUUGGCCAUCGUGCUGGAGGAGCAAGAACGCUACGAGGAGGCCGUGGCACUCCUCCACCAGACGCUGGAGGGCCGCCGCCGCCUCAGUCUGCAGAGGGGGGUGGAGUGGGGUCGGCGUG